GGCAACACUGCUACAUUAACAUAACCUAAAAAGUGAACUUUCUCAGCAUUUAAAAUUUGGUGUAUUUCUUUAAUUACGUACCUCGUUCGUUAAAUAGAGCAGUUUUACCAGUGCGAUGACUUGUUUAUCAGCAAGCCAAAAUAAUUUAGCUGUUGCAAGGGGCUUACAUGUCGACUAUUACAACUUCACUAAACAUAGUUAUUUAGAUGUCCCAGAAAAACUGAAUACCCAUGAUGAUCACAUUUGUGACAUUACCAUUUCAUCAGAUAGCAGUUAUUUAGCAUUAAUCACUACGGUGUCGAAGCAACUCAUCAUAUACAACUUACCACAGUUGACAGAAUAUAAAAGUUUUAUACUGCCAAGGAGUGCCAGCAAGAUUAGAUUCUCGCCAAAUAACAUCAAUGUCUUAGUAGCAGAUAAAAGUGGUGACGUUUUAAUUUAUGAUUUCAGUAAAGAAAAUAGCGGCACUAAACUUUUAGGGCAUUUGAGUUUGUUGUUGGAUGUACUACAAACACAUGAUAUGAAAUACAUUAUCAGUUGUGACCGAGAUGAGAAAAUUAGAGUUUCUUGCUAUCCCAAUACAUAUAAUAUACAGACAUACUGUUUGGGCCAUAAGGAAUUUGUAAAUCACAUAGAAAUUCUGCCUCAUAAUGAUAAAUACAUAACUAGUUCUUCUGGUGAUGGCAAUGUGAAAUUUUGGGACUAUGUUAAUGGUAAACUAUGUUAUAAUAUCAAUGCUUGUCUGGAUGUUGAUAAUAAUGAACUCUGUGAAUUAUUUUCUAAAAGAAUGGAUGAGGAAGGUGUGGAGGUAUUAAAUUUGCCCAUUGUCCAUUAUGCUGUCACAAAAUUUAACAAAGAUUCCAGCUUAAUUGCGGUUACUAUACAUAGUUUUAACAAAAUAUUGAUAUAUACAUUACAAACAAUCGACAAUCAGUUCAAACACCAAAAAGAAGAGAUGAUACCUGUGCAGAAAUUCCCAGCUGCAAUAAUGUUUAUAAAAUGUUCACUGAUUCUGUAUGAUGAUAUUGACUGCAUAGUUUCAAUUUUGUCAGUUGUGAAUAGUAAUGAAAGAAUCACAUUUCAGAUGGAUAAGCAAAUUAAAAUGUUUGAAGAUAAAAUUGUAAACUUUAAUGUUAAACUUAGUUUAGAUGCUAUAAAGAUUUUGUACAAAAGAAAAUUUGACAAUGUCCAAGAAUAUCAGGAAAGGAAAAAACAAAGGAUUGAAAAAGUAGUACAAUAAAUCAUACAAAACUAUGGUUUCAUUUAAUUUAAAAAUAACCAUCUCCAUAAUUUUUGAAUGUGUUAAAAAAAAGGAGGCACAUU